UUGUUUUGCAAUCGUCUAAAUAUUUCAGGUAUACUACUUGCGCUGAAUGCUGUAUGCCAUAUUAUAUGUCUUUUAUCCGAGCUGAUAAAUGUGAUAUUUAUUAUAUUUCUCUCACCCUUCACAAGAAGACAGUGUUAUCCAUUUAUAGCACUUUAUAUAUUUAGCAGUUCUCAACAAACUCUUAUGACCCUUGCCAUCUCUGUCGAUUUACUCGUGGCACUACUUUUUCCACUGUGGACGACUCCUUAUGUAACUACGAUAUUUACGUUCUGUUCUUUGUAUUCAUUACCCAUCUCAAUGUGGGGGUUGGUCACCCAAGAUGAUGAAGUGAUCCAGUUCUGUAAUCCUCCUUUAGGUUUGACUCCUACCGUAAGCCGAUAUUGGUCCAUUUCAAGCAUUGUUUUAAACUGCUUAGUUCUACUUGUUUAUGCUGCAAUUAUCGCGUUUGUGAAGCUUAGAGGUACCCAAAUAAACGACCAUUGUGAAGAACAUAAGGUUGUACGAAGACUGAAAGUUUUGGUGAUUGUUUUUGUUCUAUCAUGGUUUAUGUGUAUUCUUGGUGUUGAUAUUGGUCAUGCACUGGGAUUAGGACCGGACCUGCUUCCGUUGUGGCAGAGCAACAUGGUUAGUUAAUU